GUGUGGUUGCGUCGUUGUCCUCGUGCUGGUUUGGGAAAUCGCUGCCAGCUGUUUGGGCGAAGAUUGCGCGAAAGAAGAGACAAACCUGGUGCAAGUUUCGAGGCCUUGGAAGCGUUCUGGAUGGUGGAAAGGUGGCAAGCGUUAUGGUUACUAUGGGAGCAAGGACUUAUGAGUACCCUUUGACCGAGCUCCAAGUCGCCACUCCGGAUGAUACCACAGAAAUGAUCAGUCGAUGUUCAAGUUUAGGAAUUGCUUAUGUGAACACCUCAGAAGAAGCCACUUGCAUCAUCAACUCCAAUGGAGAGGGGUAUAACUACGGCAACGUUGCAGACACCAGCGCCUGCCCCUACCCAGCUGGGGCCACGCCAUGGAUGACGAAUGCCGAGUGCCUCAGCAAUUACACGAAAUGGAUCGACAAGGGAGUCACGGAAGUCACGUUGGCAGACGGUACCACUGCCAUGACCGGCAUUGGCCAUGGAGUCUUGGAGGGGGUUCGUGGCUUGUGUGCAAUCAUCUACUACGAAGCGACCGGCAAAACAGUGGUGAUUUUCCAAGUGGACAUCCGGUCCUGGUCAUUGGAAAUGACGCAAGCCACAUGGGAGUAUUUGACAGAGAUGACAGAUGUAGGAUCGAUUCCAGAACCAGUCGUUCCGAACGAACUGCAGGAUUUCAACAAGCAUUCCACCUACUGGAAGUCUGGGCUGAGAUUGGCGCCGGCAGAUUUUUCCUUUCUGUUUCUAGUGGGUGAAGGAUUUGAAGUCAACACGCUGUACUCGGUUUCUGUGGAGACGAAUGAGCCCGGCGGAGUCGGCCACGUCAUCAUUUCAAGUGCAGGCGCCUUCCAGGAAGAACCAUCCAGGCCUUCGGCAGCAUGCACGAUGUAUUCAGAAAAGCAUUCACGGAGGAGUUGGCAGUGGAUGAGCCCGACUGCCGCAAACAGCAGCAGCUUCUUUGCUAUUUGCGUUACUGGGUACGGUGGCCGUGCGUACGUGGCUGAUGCCUUGACAGUGUUCAGCGAUGGCCAACCACAAGAGAUGUGCAACCCAAGUAACAGCACUGCGGUCAUAGCAGAUUGUCACUGUCUGGCUGUAGACGGUGACCCUGGAAACUCCAUCUGUGCAGCUGGAGAGUGUUGUUGGGAAGACCUCCGGUGUCGACAUUGCUCCGGCGGGUCGAGACCUGCGACACCCAUGCUUGAGAGUUGGGCCCUUCUUCACUGUUUUUUGGCAUGCUUCGGAGUUGCUCUUCAACUGAUUGUGCAUGUAACGGAAGCAACUUACCAGCGGCAGCAUUUAAUGCUGGCGAGCUGCAUUUUUCAGUGUGUUGGAGCAGGAUUCAGCUUUGGACCUUUGGUAAACAGUAGUGCCCACGCUGGAAGCCUUGGUGAAUGGCAUGUGAUUCUAGGCUCAGUUGCAGUAGGCUGCAGCAUAUAUCUUAUCAUAUGGAGCUGGGUUCGGGACGACGCACAAAGUGUGUUUGCUUUGCUGCAAUCGUGUGCAGUUCUGAUACUGGGCUGGCUUACAGCGGGUCUUGGCUGCGUUGCAAAGGCAGAAAGACAGUGGAGAGCGUUAAACAAUGUAUUAGUGUUGGUCAUCUUUCUUCUCAGUUGCGUGUACGCGGUGACGUUAUGGAAUCGCAAGCGAAGACGUUUUGGCCAGCUGGGUGCAGAACGUGGGCAGAUUGAAAUCCCACACUCACACUCAGACACUUCGUGUCGUGCCGCAGUGGAGCAGAUGAGUGUUGCCGAUGCUUCGACCAUGUCCCUACGUCCUCGGGGUGCUUGA